AUGACCGCACGACUGAAGUGAAAAUUCUUUCGCUCUAUCUAUAUGUAUAUUUAUGAAUUUAUUUUAUGUUUUCAUUAGUAAAUUAAUAUUUUUGGAUAGAUCUUUUAUUUUUUUCAUUGUUUUAUUCUUUAUUUUCAUUAUUGGGUACAUCAGUAAUUACUGUGGUUGAUUGUAAACCCGAGACAAUAGGCUUAUGAUACGAGAAAUACGAUACAUAUAUUUUAGAAUUAAAAUUAGACAGAAAUCUAGAAAAAACUGCAUCGAUUGUUGUUCCAUGUCUUGUAGCUCAUUACGGUCAUUAUUCAUUUGUAAUUCUAAUUUAUCUCGUAGAAAGUUUAUCAAGAGUUGUCCAUUUUCGGAUGCGAAAUUGAUAUUGAAAGCUCCUGCUAAGAUUAGUCGUAACGUAUGCUAGUUUUCUCCUAGUUCUUCAGAACCUACUCGACCAUAAAUCGUAAGUCUUCUGUAUAUAAACAUUAUGAUAUUAUUAACUGUGUUAUUGGGCGAAAUGUAAACAACUACCAUUAUGAUGUUUGUUCCAUCGUCCGAAACACAGUGAGCAGCACAUAUAUCACCAAUUGAUGACUGACCAAUAUCAACUUCACGAAUAUGUCGUAAUAGAAUGUCCAUGUUGGAAGUUACUAUAUUCGAACUUUCAACCUAUACGGACGUGUUUUUCAUGCGCUCCGUAGAAACUUUCGAAAAAAAAUAAAAACAAAAAUAAAACAAAAUAAACAAAUACUAAAAAAAGUGCAUUCAGUGCAAACGUUAGGCAAUAACGCCGAAAGUGCAAAUCAAAACAUAAAAAACCAUAAACUGUUUAUAAACAAAAAACGUAACAAACUAAACAAAUAAUAAGUGUGAAAUAAAACAAAAAAAAAAAAAUACAAAGGCAUGAGCGCAGCGCAGCCCCACCAACAAGGCCGUAGGCAUUCUCUUAAUGCCUACUUCAGCUUUGUCGAGCCUGCGAGUUCAGCUCAUACCAACAAACAAGGCAACGGUGAGAAGGAUGAGUCAUCGCAGCGACCAAAUGAGCAGCACCAUAAGCAGAGCUUACAAAAAACUAAAGCAGGAGAGAACGGCAGUCAACAACGGCCAGCAGCAAACAUGAUCACACCAACUAAACAGGUUCCAGCAAGUACGCAGGCAGCGAAGAACAACAUAAAGCAAGAUCAAUAUGGAUGCAGACAUGCCAGCACCAACCACUCGUUCGGCUGUCAAUGUGCCACGCCAAGCGGCUGCCCCAGUUGCAGCGCCCCGAACAACCACCCCAACGGUGCCUCGGAGUGGAACGGCCGCAUUGCCGUCAACACCCGCGCUUGUCGUCGACCCACCACGCCGUAGAUGUCCCCUAUGUCGUCGACCCCACCGGCUGCCACAAUGCGUCAUCUUUAAGGGAUUGCCACCUCAACAACGCCAGUUGGUCGUGCAGGCGCACGGCCAUUGUCUGAAUUGCCUGACGCCUGUCCACCAAACGCACGAGUGUACGUCGGGCAAUCUCUGCCAAAUUUGUAUGCGGCCGCAUCACACCAUGUUGCACCGAAUCACUCGGAAUGACACCCGUCAACAACCUUCCGGCCGCAACCGCGGCGCAAUACGACGACCUCCAGUAAGCCGGGAUGCGCGGCCCCGUCGAACAAGUGGGCCAUCAUCAUCCCGUGCCCGACGGCCACACAAUGGGGCAUCAACACGACGCCAGCAACCACGACCGCGUCCACGCCGCGUCUCAGGCCUUAGCAGCGUCGUAGCCACACUCCAGCAGCUUCAAAGCAUUCUAGGCUGAAAUAUUCGCCUAGGGGGGCCGGGAUGGCUAAAUGAGCCUUAGUCGCCUGCCCCACACCACACCUACACCCAUCAUUAACACGCACACUCACCACACUCACCUCGACAUCACCACACUUCACAUCAACACCACCCACACGCGCGAGCGCAGGAUCCACACACUAAAACACACACCACAUCACUCCACUAAAAAAGGGUCCGCUUUACACCUGCCAGUUCUGAUUCAACCGCCUCUGAAUCUACGUCGCUUUUUCGCCACCGCUACGCAGCGCUCCAGCUCGAUCCAUCAUUCGAAGCCAACUCUUACUUAUAUCAUAGUAGUGCUUGUGUUGAUGAAAUAGAGUCAAUUGGAAACUAAUUUAUACAUAUUGUAUAACAUAAUCACUAAUCGGUGAGAAAACGUACCAAAUAAGUGCUAAAUUUAUACGAUCCAAAGCUACACGAAUAAAGUGGUAAAAUCGGAGUUUGGGUGUUUUAUUUUAAAUUGAACAAAGCGAACAAGUGUGGUAAGUGAAGCAGGCAGUGAGUAAAACAGUUUGGAAGAACACUGUAAUCGACACCAGUGUCUAUGAGAUAUUUUGCGUUUGAUGACUGGUCCUUGAUGAAAAGUUGAUUUACUGCUGCGUUGGAAUGAUUGGCGUCAGCAUCGCUGACUGAAACUUCUAGUCAUUCAUGCUGGGUGUUGGUACUUUGUAGACGUAGACAUGGACUACGACAUCGGUUGGCGGUUGCUGUUAUUAUAACCGUACACCUUAGUUUUACUUUAAAGCUUAAUAGAGAUUAAGAAACAUUAUGUCACAAAUCUUGAAUUGAUUUUUGUUAUUGAUUUAAAAAUAUAAAAAUCAAAAAUAAUUCUUAUUUUGUAUCUGAAAAAAAUAAAAAUCAAAAAUAACUUUUAGUUUUGAUUUAAAAAAAUUAACUUUUAUUUUUGAUCUAAAUAUGUG